CAAAAUCAUAUGACAGUGUUCUCCUUGCGCUGGGAUAAAGAAAAGCAAACACGGGAAACGGGAUUCCUGCUUAAUGAAACAAAAGGUUUCCUUGAGUAUAUAAGAAACAACCAUGAAGUUGAUUAUAUUGGAAGAUCGCAUGCAAGUCAGUGAGUGGGCUGCAAAAUACAUCAGGAAUCGGAUUGUUAAGUUCAACCCUGGUCCUGACAGAUACUUCACCCUGGGUUUACCAACUGGAGACACACCUUUGGGAAGCUAUAGAAAACUAAUAGAAUAUUAUAAGAAUGGGGAUCUAUCAUUCAGAUAUGUGAAGACAUUUAACAUGGAUGAAUAUGUGGGUCUUGCACGGGACCAUCCUCAGAGCUAUCAUUCGUUCAUGUGGAACAAUUUCUUUAAGCAUGUUGACAUCUUGGCUGAAAAUACGCACAUUCUAGAUGGGAAUGCUCCCGACUUGGAAGCAGAAUGCGAUGCUUUUGAGGAGAAAAUUAAAGCAGCAGGAGGAAUUGAGCUUUUUGUUGGUGGCAUUGGUCCAGAUGGUCACAUUGCUUUCAAUGAACCGGGCUCUAGCUUGGUGUCACGAACAAGAGUGAAGACGUUGGCUAUGGACACAAUAUUGGCCAAUGCUCGAUUCUUUGAUGGAGAUCUGUCUAAAGUUCCGACGAUGGCUCUGACUGUUGGGGUGGGGACAGUAAUGGAUGCUAGAGAGGUGAUGAUUCUUAUCACAGGAGCGCAUAAAGCUUUGGCUCUGUGUAAAGCUAUAGAAGAUGGUGUAAACCAUAUGUGGACUGUAUCAGCUUUCCAGCAGCACCCCAAAACACUGUUUGUGUGUGAUGAAGAUGCCACCACGGAACUUCGUGUAAAAACAGUGCAGUAUUUUAAAGGUUUGUUGCACAUUCACAAUAAACUUGUAGAUCCAUUGUACAGUAUGAAAUAAACCGGUGGAGGGAAGUUGACAAGUACCCAUUGAAUUGAAUGAGGACCAUUUGAGCAACAGGAUUUCCCACAUGAACCUUUUCUUCUGCAAGAGUAUCUGAAGGAAACCUAGCCCAACCAGUUAUGAAUGUUUUCCUCCCCUUAUACUUGUAUUACCAAAUGAAUCAUUUUGUUGUCUUUGUGGAGUGGGCAGAAAGGGAGAUAAUUUUAUGUCAUCUAGUGAACUGAGAAAUGAGCCCAGUUCAUCUAUACCCUGCUGCUUUGGGCGUAAGGAUGUCAUCAAAGACAGUGAGAGUGAAAAUAUUAUUCCUGGAUUACUCAAAAAAAAUUUAUACUUCUGAAAUGUUUUUUACAUUGUGAAAACAUGUAACUUCCAGUUCAGAUCUGGCUGCUAUCCAUUCAGUAUAGGUUGAAAUAUUGCUUUUAAGAAAAAGGGUAAUUGGAAGUUUGGAAAAAAUACUGAUUUAUAUUUGAGAAACCACUUAACAAGGAUAAAACUGUGGCAAUGGUUUGUUUUAAUUUCAAAGUUUGAACAGAAGUCAUUUUGUUGUGCUAAAUACAAUCUUAUGUUGACCUGAUUAGACUUUUUCUAUUUCAUUAUAGAAUAUUCAAUUUACUGUAUUUGUAACCUUCCUCUGCAUAUUAUUGCAGUAGCUUUCCCCUUUCUAUUCAAAGUUAUUGCAUGCACCUGAGUUUACCCAAGCUUUUAAAAUAUCUUCUGAUGAGUUGUAAAUGGUGAGCUUAAUGUAUAGGACUGUAAAAUACCACUGUAGUCCAUCUGGCUACUCUGGAUGUUUGAAAACCCUAAUAUGCUACUUUUGUCAUUUUUGGUUGCUGUUUCUGACACAUAUCCAUCUUAUAGCAUUGAAGAUACUAUAUUUCUUCUUCUUCUCCGGAUAUUGUUCCAUAUACAGGGAUAUUCACAAGUUUUUAAUGUGAAAUAAUGGCAUUUAAAUUGCCUUUUAGGACUUCCCUCUUCUGAAUUUAUUUUGGUGCUUACUUGCAGAGUGUUUCCUGUGUCUGCUCAUCCUAAUACUUAAACAAAAAGUAUCCACAUGAAAUGAAAUGGAGAACCUUUUCUCGUUCACUCUGCUAUUUUGCAGGCAUUUAAUUUUUGUUCCUAGGGUUUGACAUACAUUGAAGGGAUUAUGUUAUAUCAUUUAAGUAUUUUGAGCAGACUAAUAGUCGGGCAUUCUUGUUGCAGAGUUAGGUUUGUCAGUUUUUUGUUGUGAACAAAUCUGGAAAGUUGACGAAUUUGCAAACAAAUCUGUAAGUCACACUGAUUUAAGGUAUCCAUUCAAAGCCAGUUGCUGAAUUCAUUUUGUCAAUUUACCUUUUGAAGAAUAAUAAAAAUGUUUCCCUUUCAAUUGAAAA